AUGAAUAAUCUUUAUAUAGACUAUGAAGAACUGAAGGAUACUAAUGAGCCAAUGUAAUUUCUUAAGAAAAUCUUUCAAAUCAAAUAUUACUUUGAGUCGCAUUAAAAUACUGAUAAUCUGUAAGAAAUUUUUAAAGAACUAUUUGAUGAUGUGAAUUUAAUAAAAUAUAUUUAAGACUUAAGGUUCAAAAAUCUAAAAUUUUAUUUGAAAUUAGACACUAUCAAAAAAUAUUUUUAUGCCAUAUUAGCAUUAACAUAAACAAACCCAGAAGAAUUAAAAAAACUAUAAUAAUUUAUAAAAUUUGAUCAGUUCCUUGUUUUGGUAAUUAAAGAUUACCCAUAAAGAAUAAUUUGUUGUAACAGUGAUAUUGAAAAAUUCAUUCUUGCUGAAUUGAAAAGCGUAUAAUUCACUGAAUAAGACUAUUAAAAUAAGUUAUCAAAGUAGAAAGGAUUGAUAGAAUGCCUACAAUUUCUUUUAUCAAUACAAGAAUAAAAGAUUUUUUAGGAAGAAUUAGAUUUAGAAUUAAUUUACAAGGAAUUGGGAGAAUUAUUCACUGAAGAAUCUCCUUCAUAUAUAUUUAUGGUAACAAUCAUGGAAGGCCUGUCUAUUGAUAAAUUAUAAUAAAAUGUGAAUGAGGAAAAAUUUAAUUUAUAAGAAUCGAGAUUACAGUAAGAAAAAUUUGAAAAAUUCUUGAUUGAAUUGGGAAAAAUAAAAGAUUCAAGCAAAUAUUCUAAUUUAGAUUAGAUUGAAAUUGGGCAUUUGAAUUAAUUAGCCAUCCAAACAAAUAUGGUGAUUGAAACACUGUAAAACUUUGAAAUUUUAGAUAAGGAAUUUUUUUUAAUGUUGAUGAGUGAAGAGUUAACAAUUUUAUAAAGCUUAUUAUGCUAAUAUAAACUAUAAUCUGAGAAUUAUUAAAGAGCUAUACUUUAAUAUAGAUAAGAAAUUAAGGAGAAAGAUGAACAAUUUUUCAAUAACAAAAUGAAUUAAAAUGAAGACAUUUAAUUGAUUUCAAAAGUAGAAAAACAAAAAGAAAAUAACUAAAUUUAAGAAGAUGAUCAUGCUGUUGUUGAGAAAGGUAAUCAGAAAUUUAAGUUUUGUAUCAAAGAGAAUGGCAGUACAUACUUAUUAUUUAUCAUUAAAGUGGCAAAAUUAUAAUUAUAAAAAAUUAAACAAGAGAAGGAGAUUUUAUGCAAAUUACUUGAAGACUUUAUUAUUUUCUCUGAUAAACUAAAUCAAAUUCAAAGAUAUCAGAAAGAAGUUUAAAUUAAAUUCUAAUAAAAGUUUUAAGAUCGAUUUUAAGAACUUACUAAGAAUUAUUAGUAAUCAACAACUACAAAACUAGAUUUAUAAUAAAAGGAAGAUGAAAAUUUUAAGCUGUACUUUGAAAGAAUCUCGUCUAAUUUAUCUAAAGAAACAACAGAUACAGACAUGGCUAAUUUAAAAAUGAAUAUUUCUGAUUUUCUCAAUUCUUUAAAGUCGUAUUGUUAAGCAAAAUUAUCAGAACAAAAAUAUAUUUCAAACACCAUAAUUGAAUAAGAAUUUAUGCUUUAAUAAAUUAGAAAACUUUACUUAUAAGAUAAUUAACUAGAAGAAAAUGAUGAAAAAUCUAAUCAACAUUUAGGUGUAUUUGAUACUUUGAAUUUAAAGUUUAAAGAUUUUAACAAUAAUGAGGAAUGGAAAAUUAGAUAGGGUCUAGCGUUUACUAUCAUUUAGAUUUCAUCAAAUUGCUUUACAGAUGCAAUUAUUUCGUUUUGCUAGAAAACUUUAAUCUAAUUUUGGGUUUCUGAAAAAGAUUAAAGAGUAAGAAAUUUAUUAAAAAACGAAAAUUUAAUUAAUUUGUAAAUGUAGAUUUUGAAGAAAGAUUGGUAGAGUUAACAUGAUAAGAUUGCAGGAGAAAUGCAAUAAAUGUUAAAAAAAACCGAUUAAUUGCAAGAAGAAAUUUCUCAUGAAGCUAAUCUGAACAAACGUGAUCUAUAGCUAAAAGAAUUGGAUGAAACAACUUAGUAAUUAGAUGAAUACAUAGGAAAUAUUAGUGAAAUGGGUUAAUAACUAAGAUUGAUAACUGACUUUGUUAAUCAUAUCAGAAAAGGGUUAUUAAGAGUUGAAGGAAAAAUAAAAGAAACGAAAGAAUAACUCAAUAGCAUAGGUAAUGACAUUAAUAUUUUUGAGAGGAAAAUCUGUUGAAUAACUACUUGAAAUUAGAAAAUGGAUAGUAUUGAAAGAAGCAGCAUAUAAAAAUGUUAAAUCCAUCUAUGUGCCAUUAUAAACUUUAGAAAAAGGGAAAAAUGAAUAAAGUAAUUUGAUGAAUUUAGACUAAUUUGAUGAGGAAGGAGGAGAAGUAAAUGAAUUUUUAUAAUAAGAAAAAAAAGUAAUGCUAAUACAUGGAAUAGCUGGAUCAGGUAAAAGUACAGCAGCUAAUAAAAUAGAAGAAUAUAUUUGGAAAUUACAUGAAGCUAAUAAAAAAAUCGCCAAUCAAGUACUCAUACCUAUUUAUAUUUCAUUGCCUUCUUUAAAAAAUCCAGUUUUUUAAGCUGUCGAGGAGACACUUCGUUAAGAAGAUGAUUAUGGUUUUGAUGAUCAAUAAUUGAAAGAAUGUAAAGAAAAAUUGGAGAGGAAGAAUUUAGAUUAUUAUUAAUUAUGGACAGUUACGAUGAGAUGA